ACGUGACAGCGCUCAGGUCUACAAUGAAGGCUUGGCAACGCCGGGGGAGGAGGAGGAGGAGGAGGAGGGAGGACCCGCAAGGCGCCCCCAAAGAUAAGAGCCCGAAAGAAGAGCUCCUGGUGCCCGACUUAGGGGCCCUUCAAGAGCUCCCGCUUACCUCCUGCGUCCCCCUCUUCCCCCACACCCCGGUUGUCAUCCUGUCUCUCCCCCCACCAUACCCGCCUUCGUCUGGGAAUACCGGGGAUCCUUCCUAUGUCUGCUAGGGGUGCGAUUUGGGACUGGAGUGAAUGGUGCGGCCAGGAGACGGCUGGAGGCGCCGCGGCUCUGCUGCAGUGCAGACUGAAGCAGGUGAAAAGAAGAAGACGACGUUGCUUCCUUGUCUAGAUCUCUUGGCUGAGGACACAGCCGUGACAUUUAUAGUGAGACUCAAUUGAACCACCCAGCAAAUUAAAAGGGAAGCCCCACAAAUGAAGUGCGAAAACUGUACCAAAAAUGAAUGUAGUAAAAAACAGAAGAAUGGUGACCAACAAAAUACACCGGUUGAUGUCCUCGAUUCAGAUAGUGAAAAUCAUGAGACAAGUGAAUUCCAUAGGUUGGCUAAUGCUAAAAUAUUCCUUAGCGAUUGCCUAGCUUGUGAUAAUUGCAUAACUUCAGAUGAAGCGGUCAGAAUUUUCCAGCAGAAUCAGAAGGAGCUCUUCCGUGUACUCAGUCUUAAUAAGAAAUGUGAUACCUCAAAACACAAAGUGUUGGCAGUGUCUGUAUGUCCUCAGUCCUUGCCUUAUUUUGCUGCUAAAUUCAAUCUCUCUGUAACAGAAGCAGCCAAGAAGCUUUGCAGUUUCCUCAAAAGUCUUGGAGUGCAUUAUGUGUUUGACAUCACAAUAGCUGCUGAUUUUAGUAUUCUAGAGAGCCAGAAGGAAUUUGUGCAGAGGUACAACCAUCACCAUCAAGAAGAACAUGCCUUACCGAUGUUUGCUUCAGCUUGCCCAGGUUGGAUCCAGUAUGCAGAGAGAGUCCUCUCCAGCCUAGUAACACCGCACAUCUGCACUGCAAAGUCACCGCAGCAAAUCAUGGGUUCCCUCAUCAAGGGUUAUUUUGCCAGGCAGCAGAAUCUAUUUCCUGAUAAAAUUUUCCACAUAAUUGUGGCGCCAUGUUAUGACAAAAAACUAGAAGCCUUGCGAGAAGACUUCUAUACUCCUUUGUAUAAUUCUCAAGAUGUUGAUUGUGUCUUAACAUCAGGUGAAGUCUUCCAAAUAAUGGAGCAAAGAAAUGUAUCCUUGAAAGAAAUUCCCGAAGUGGCCUUUGAUACUUUGUUCGGUGAACAAAAGGAGAGCGAGUUAAUACGGCACGAUGGAAGAAGGUCAGAUGGUUACUUGGAGCACAUAUUUAAGCAUGCUGCCAAGGAACUCUUUGAUACUGACGUGAAAGAACUCACAUACAAAGUAUUAAAAAACAAAGACUUCAAGGAGGUCACACUAGAAAAGGACGGCCAGACCGUGCUGCGCUUUGCAGCAGCUUAUGGCUUCCGAAACAUCCAGAACAUGGUCCUGAGGAUGAAAAAGGGAAAGUGUUCCUACCACUUCGUAGAAGUUUUGGCCUGUCCUGGAGGGUGCUUAAAUGGGAAGGGUCAGGCUGAGAUGGAAGACGGGAAACCAAACAAAGCUCUGGUCAAGCAGAUGGAGGAUAUGUAUGCCGCAGUUCCUGUCCGACUUCCUGAAACGAAUGGAUAUGUGCAGAAGCUUUAUCAGGAAUGGCUGGAAGGGAUGGACUCCGUGAAGGUCCAGGAAUCACUGCACACAAAGUACAGCACCGAAAAACCAGCUGCCAACAGUUUGGAUAUCAAAUGGUGACCCAUCAGAUUGCAAGACUUGCAGUAGGUUUGUUAGACAUGCAGCCUGAACAACGCUUCUAUGCAACUGGAGCCUGAGGGUACUGGUUAAAUUUGUGAACAGGCUAAAGAACAGGUCCUCAACUGGGAUGUUGUACAUUCAGACUGUUUCUUUAUUCACUGUAUAGCUGGAUUGUUUUAUUUUAUCAGAGCCUGAUAGGGUAUGUUAUCUGAGGAACGUCUCUUGAAUGUAGUGAUCCUUUCAGCUUCUGAUCUUGGGACAGAAGAAGCAUGACAGAAUCACGGCAUGUUACGAUGUGCAUCAGUUUGAAUCCUUUGGUAUGUGGGUCUGUGUGCCAAAAGUCCAGUGCUGUGGAUUUCAUUGUUCUCAAAAAGGUUCUAUGUUGACAGUUUAUCUAAGGCUUUGAAUCAUUAUCAAACGUAAUAAGAUGCCAAAUUAUUAUAACAGAAAUGCACCAGUGGGGUAAAUUCCUACUUACUCAUAUAGGUAUUCCACUUUACCAAGGAAGAUCCCAGUAGUCUGGGUAGAAC